AUGGCAACCACCGGCGACGCCACCGCUGUUGCUGCUUCAAGUAACGAGACUCCCGCAACAACAGGUGGGAGAGAGGAGAGACAUCGGAGUGCAAGGUCGUCACGGAGUGAGUAUGAGUUUCUGGAACGGGAGCUGGAUGCGCAGAGAGCUCGGGCUCGCGCUGCAGAGAGCUUGCUUGCAUGCCGCACUGCCGAUGAGGAGCGUGUGGUCUCGGCUGGGGCGGAGGAGUUGCUACCGGCUACCACCGAGUCCGAUGGCACAGGAUCGAUGACAGCAGCGGACAUGUCGACGUUGCGCCGCAAGGUGGCGGCGCUCAAGGCCGAGUCGCGCCGGACUGAGCGUGAGCUGCGCGAGGCCAGGCAGCGGGCCACCAUGUGGGCGGCAGUGCGAUCAGGCCCGGCGCUGGAGGAGCCCGAGGGCGAGGGCCGCCGAAUGCGGGCGCUUUCGACAUCGGUCAUGUUUGCUGACGAGCGAAGCGGGAUGGACGAUGAUGACAACGCCAUGGCGCUGGCGGCACUGGUCCAGGGACUCGACGAGGCUCAUGCCGCCGGCGUGCGCGACGACGAAAGUGACGGCCUCGAGUCUGCAUCCGGGCCCGAGUCCGAGCCUGACGGUGUGGCUCUGCCGAUGAUGCCGUCGCGGCUGAAGCUCUCGGAGAAGCUGCCAAUGGGCCAGCGGCUGAGCCGAGCCGAGCCGGAGUUUCGCGAGAUGUUUGCGGCAUGCGUUGCACCGUGGGGCGACGACCGCAACGCCGUCCUCACCACGGUCUACGGGUCGCGUGGCACUGUGCUGCGGGCCUCGGACAGCGCGGCAGCGUCGGCAACAUCAGCCGAGCCGCGCGCGGUCUCGUCGCUGAAGCGAGUCUUCUUCCGCCGGCCGAACCGGACCUCGCCCUCGGUGCGGCUGACCAAGUACGCUGACAAGCUCAAGGCUUUUCUGGCCAAGCGGGCUGCGCUGGUGGUCGACUGUAAUGAGCGCGAGCAUGAAGCUCGCAAGCACCUCAACCGCGAGGUCAGCCGCUGGCGCGAUGCGGCCAAGGCCCGCAUGGUCCGGCGUGCGCGCCACGUCUUCCUUCAGCCCAUCCACGUCCUUCGCCUCCUCCGCGAGCUGUAUCAGUUCCAGCGGCGGCUUGGCAUUGCGCAUCUCGGCGUCAUCCACAAGGUGUUGGCCCGGUCCGACGCGUCCAUGGCCGCCCUCUCGAUCGACGAGGCCGAGACACUCGCCAUCCCCAUUCCAGACCUGUGCGGCGCCCACAACUACCAUGUAAUCCGCAUGCGCGCCUUUAUUGAGCGGCAAGAGAUCCAGGUGAAGGAUCUUGUCCGCGCCUACGCCACCGAAGUCAAGCACGUGGUCAUGUACACCCGUGCCGACCGCCUCGAGCUCAUCCACGGCAUCCUCGCCGAGUCGCCAGGCGCCUCGCAACUUGACGGCUACUUUCCCGAAGACGAGCUCCAGCAGUCGCUCUUCAACUCGCUCAUCCUCGACGUCGCUGCGCCCGAAGGCGCCGCCAUCCGCAAGUUUGUCAACAAAACCGACGCCGCCGGCGCUUCUCUCGACCCACAAGCUGUCGUCGGCUUUGUCGACGCCCUCGCCAACGACCUCGCCGUCAUGUACCGCGUCGCUGACGCUGACGCCGCCCGCUUGCACAUGCUUGUUGCACGCGCCGUCAUCCCGCGCGACUUUGGUGUCUCGGAGCUGUUUGUCGCCGGCGCUGCUGCCGCCUGCUUGCCGCUCUGCGCAGACGCCAUCGCACUCGCCGAGGAUCUCCCGUUCCACAUCGUACCGUCAGACGUCGCCGCCAACCUUGUCGCCUUUGCUCGCGCCAUCUACGAUCAGCCAACCUUGGAUCCGGACUCGUCCGCCACUCUUGGCGCCGACGACACCUUUCCCGUUGUUGUCUAUGCCCUCGUCCACUCGGACCUCGCCACACCCUGGGCCGUCCUCGACUUUCUCAACGCCUUUUGCUCUCGCCCACUCUUCCCCUCGGAAGCCCAGUACUGCGCCGUCACCGUCGAGGCCGCCCUCACCCACAUCAAUCAGGUCUCGCCGGCCGACAUCGACAAGCACCGCACCCCGUAG